AAUUACUAGUUAUUUUCUGGAUCCGGGGUAGAGGGCGUUUUCCCUGGACAACAGGGGAAAAAAAGAGCUUGUGAAGGCUGUGGGAGAAGGAAAAAUAUUAAUGAAUAAAAGAGAGUGGGAGAAAGACCAGCCCUAGAGCUUAGAAGGAGAGAGGAGGGAUAUAACAAGCAGUCUGGGGAGAUCGUGCUGCUCACACAGCCAGGGAAAGGGCAAAUCGGGAGAUCAGCUGCCACCAAGCAGCACCAUUCAGCAACCAGCAGGAACCCCCAGGCAGGGCCCUGAAUGUCUGUGUGGGAGGUGAAUACAAAGGCAAACUGGAUGGAGCACACAGCUUGGAGACCCAGAGCCACAUACAGGAUGUAUUCCAUGUAAUCUGCCAUUGCUGCUUCUUUCUAGUGAAUAAUGGAUUGUGGAUUAUAAAUUCCAUGCUAUUGCUAUGCCUGCCAUUAAACCCACAGGUGCCCAAUUGAGAUCUCACCUAAUCUCCCUUCUAAUGCCAUUGAAUUAGUAAACUCAGAAGCAGCAGCCCUCACCCACCUCUCCACCCGACGGAAUAAAUGCCGUGUAUCACCCACCCAGCCUGGAGCCUCUGGGAAGCUGCCAACUCCCAGCCAGGAGAGCAAAAUGUCCUGGUUUAGUGGCAUCCUGGUCCCCAAAGUGGACGAACGAAAGACAGCAUGGGGGGAGCGCAAUGGGAAGAAGGGCAAGCGAAAAAACACCUCUUUAUGUGGUCCCAGAUAUAUGAGCUGCCUUCAGGACCCUGAAAUGGACAGAAACAACCGCACCAACUUCGGCCUCCGUUGCACCUGGCAGGAGGACCAUUAUGGCAAGAAAGGAGCAGGGGGUGACCUGGGACUCAAAUCUGUGGCCCUUGGAUUUGAGGAUGGAGAGGUUAAGGGCUCCAAAAUGGGAUCAACAGAAGUGGUGGGCACACAGGAUAGUGAACAAAACUUGACUCCUGGAGAAUGCUGGGUACGAUUUUUACAAGUGUUCCAGUCAAAGAAAUUCCAGUCUGCUAAACUGGAGCGACUGUACCAACGUUACUUCUUCCAGAUGAAUCAGAGUAGUCUGACUAUGCUAAUGGGAGCCCUUGUACUGGUUUGCCUGGUCAUGCUGAUCUUUCAUUGUACUCAUGGAGAACCCCAGGUAGUCUACGUAUCUGUCCUUGCUGUUGCUAUGGCUCUGUUUUUGUCACUAAUGGUGGUGUGUAAUCGCAAUGGCUUUCACCAAGACUACAUGUGGAUAGUAAGCUACCUUGUGAUAGCAGUCCUGUUUGCUGUGCAGGUUCUUGGGGUUCUCAUGGUGACCCCACGUAGCGCCUCUGAAGGAAUCUGGUGGAGUGUAUUCUUUAUCUAUAUUAUCUAUACCCUACUUCCUGUGCGCAUGAGGGCAGCUGUUCUGAGUGGACUAAUUCUGUCCUCCUUACACCUUAUCAUCUCCUGGAGACUCAACCUGACAGACAUUUUUCUUUGGAAGCAGCUCAGUGCCAACGUGCUGAUCUUCCUGUGCACAAACAUUAUUGGCAUCUGCACUCAUUACCCAGCAGAGGUGUCCCAAAGGCAAGCCUUUCAGGAAACAAGAGGAUACAUCCAGGCUAGGCUGCACCUACAGAGAGAGAACCAGCAGCAGGAGCGCCUCUUGCUGUCUGUCUUACCACGCCAUGUGGCCAUGGAGAUGAAGGAGGAUAUCAAUACCAAGAAGGAGGACAUGAUGUUCCACAAAAUCUACAUUCAGAAACAUGACAAUGUGAGUAUCCUGUUUGCAGACAUUGAAGGGUUUACCAGCCUUGCAUCCCAGUGCACAGCACAAGAACUGGUCAUGACACUGAAUGAGCUCUUUGCCCGAUUUGACAAGUUGGCAGCAGAGAAUCAUUGCCUGAGAAUAAAGAUCUUGGGAGACUGUUACUACUGUGUCUCUGGGUUGCCUGAAGCUCGAGCGGAUCAUGCUCACUGCUGUGUUGAGAUGGGAGUGGACAUGAUUGAAGCCAUUUCGCUGGUGCGAGAGGUCACUGGUGUUAACGUCAAUAUGCGUGUGGGGAUACACAGCGGCCGUGUUCAUUGUGGGGUCCUUGGUCUGCGCAAAUGGCAGUUUGAUGUCUGGUCCAACGAUGUGACACUGGCCAAUCAUAUGGAGGCUGGUGGGAAAGCUGGGAGGAUACACAUUACAAGUGCAACGCUAAAAUACCUAAAUGGAGAUUAUGAAGUGGAGCCAGGUAAUGGGGGUGAGAGGAACGCGUACCUAAAGGAGCAUGACAUAAAAACCUUCCUCGUGACAGGAUGCAGCCAGAAAAGGAAAGAAGAGAAAGCAAUGAUGGCAAGGCUACAGAGGGCAAGGGCCAAUUCCAAUGAAGGUCUCACACGUGUCUGGGUGCCUGAGCGAACAUUCCCACGCAAUAAAGGCUCCAAGGCUUUCCGACAAAUGGGGAUUGAUGAAUCAAGCAAAGACAACAGAAACACGCAGGAAGCUCUAAACCCUGAGGAUGAAGUUGAUGAAUUUUUAGCUAGAGCAAUAGAUGCUCGUAGUAUCGAUCAACUUCGAAAAGACCAUGUCAAGAAAUUCCUCCUCACCUUCCAGACGCCAGACUUGGAGAAAAAGUACUCCAAGAAGGUGGAUGACCGGUUUGGUGGCUACGUGACCUGCACCCUGCUGGUUUUCUGCUUUAUUUGCUUUAUCCAGAUAGUGAUCUUUCCUCACUCGUUCCUCAUGCUCGGGAUCUACACCAGCAUCUUUAUCAUUUUGGCCAGUAUACUCUUUGUUUGUGCCAUAUAUUCAUGUAUAAAGCUCUUUCCAGCAGCGCUGCAACAAGUUUCUCGGAAGAUUGUGCAAUCGAGGAUCAAUAGCACUCUUAUUGGGAUCUUAACCAUUCUGUUGGUCUUCACGUCAGCCUUUGUUAACAUGUUUGCCUGUAAUCACGGGAGCCUCACUGACUGCGCAGGUCAAGAACUGAACAUUAGUUACAAGUUUGUCAAUGUCUGUCAUCUGAGAAUGCUCAACUACAGCCUGAAUAUGGAGUCUCCUCCAUGUGACUCUGACAAACCCUUGUGCAACUUCCCUGAGUAUUUCAACUACAGUAUACUGCUAAGCCUGCUGGCCUGUUCCGUCUUCCUUCAGAUUAGCAGCAUUGGAAAGCUGGCACUUAUGCUCUUCAUUCAGAUUCUGUACAUUAUCAUCGUUGAGGGACCUGAGGUCGUUCUUUUUGACAACUAUGAUCUGCUGGUGACAGUUAAUGCGCUACCCAUUAAUGGCACUGGAGACAUUGAGGAAUGCUCUCCCAGCAGUAAAAUAGCUCUGAAAUACGUGACUCCUGUCAUCUUGACUGUGUUUGUUCUGGCUCUGUAUCUCCACGCCCAGCAAGUGGAGUCCACGGCACGACUUGACUUCUUGUGGAAACUGCAGGCCACGGGAGAGAAGGAAGAAAUGGAGCAACUGCAAGCCUAUAACAGGCGUCUCCUGCACAACAUCCUCCCAAAAGAUGUGGCCGGUCACUUUCUGGCCCGAGAACACAGGAAUGACGAGUUGUAUUACCAGUCCUGUGAAUGUGUGGCGGUCAUGUUCGCCUCCAUCUGUAACUUCUCUGAGUUUUAUGUGGAGCUGGAGGCAAACAACGAGGGGGUUGAGUGUCUACGUCUACUGAAUGAGAUCAUUGCUGACUUUGAUGAGAUUAUCAGUGAAGAAAAAUUCAAGCAGUUAGAAAAAAUUAAGACUAUUGGUAGCACUUACAUGGCAGCAUCGGGUCUUAAUGACACCACAUAUGACAAAGAGGGAAAGACUCAUAUUACCGCCCUUGCAGACUAUGCCAUGAAGCUCAGGGAGCAGAUGAAGUACAUAAAUGAGCACUCCUUCAAUAACUUUCAGAUGAAAAUAGGGCUUAAUAUCGGGCCUGUGGUCGCUGGAGUUAUUGGAGCUCGAAAACCUCAAUAUGACAUUUGGGGAAACACUGUGAAUGUAGCUAGUCGCAUGGACAGCACUGGGUUACCAGACUGCAUACAGGUUACAACUGAUUUGUACCAGGUCCUGGCAGCCAAAGGUUACCAGAUGGAGUGCCGUGGGGUUAUUAAGGUCAAAGGGAAAGGAGAAAUGACCACCUACUUCCUCACUGAUGGACCAGUCAGCAGUUAGCAGGAAGCUUUGUUUUUUAGGGGCAGAAAGAACAAGAAGUCUCCUCCUAUCCCAAAUGCUGAGUAACCAGAACAAUAAGGAAGCUACCUACAUCCCCAGCAGCAGUUGGGUGCGAUGGGGCUGGGCGGUGCCAAAGUCCCGCACCUGAGACAUAGAGCUUGGCAGUGGCGUGUUUGUUUGGUGCUGUGAUCACUGACCGUGCUGUCCUGACACAGAGCUCUAGCCUGUUCAGGAGAGAGACUCCACUGCAUUUUGAAAGCACAGAGAAGCAGCUUUCACCCUGGCACUUACAAUAAUAAUAAUGCUCACUGGCGGUACGUGCAAGUUAUUUAUUGUGAACAAGACAUUUUAUUAUUCUAUUUCUAUUUUAUUUUUAUUUCUUGUCUUUUAAUUGCCUUGGGUUAAACAAAGCAAGAGAGAGUUUUAAAAUAUACAUGGUACGUGUUUUAAAGAAGAAGCUUCUCUAAGAACUGACCAAAGAGACAGAAGUGCAGGCCUCAGCAAGGAAUAUGAGGGCAUUGCCUUGUACGUCUUCAUGCGCUGUAUUUUUACUCUUGUUGACUGGCUAACCUGUCUCCAGGUGCAGGUGAAAAAAAAAUCUCUUCAAGGUCCCAGCAGCACCUGCAGGACAUUCAAAGGGAGACAAAACUUCAGCAAGUCAGUAAAUACCUCCCGUUCUCUUCCCGUCCUUUACCCAAAUACUUGCUUCACUGCUCUGGAAUGAGAAUGACCUUUUGAAAGGAGCAGUUUGUGACUCUCAGGAGUUACAGCCCAGUGAAAUCUGGGUUAGUUAAUCGGACUUUUCUAUUCCCACUUGGAAAUUUUUUGACAGAGGCUCUGAGAUCCCUGCUGGAUUAUCUGACCAUUGCAGGUGGAACCAUAUUCUGAAAAGAGACAUCAGCAGUCUCCGCCUUUUUAAUCUUUUCUCUCCUGAUUCAAUGGAAUUUCUUGAGCAGAAGCAGGAGGUCAAGCAGAUUGAUUGGUUUUCAGCGUCUUUACUUAAUGACGCAUGAUGUCUUUUUUUCACUGUGAAGCUGGUGUUCUCUUCUUCUCAUUUGCCAAAAUACACCUGACCUGCAAAUCAGAAGCUCAUCAUUUUGAUAACAGGGAUCGUAGGCCUUUCCUUUCAGAAGCUGUGCAAACAUUAGGUACUACUUGGCCUUUGACUUCCUUGGACUGCAAGAGGGGUCUAGCGCCUUAAUCCCUUACUUGUAGCUGUGGAUCACUAAAGGUGUUAAAUAACCAUAAAAUGGUUCAUAAAGCACUAUCACUUUUUGAAGAUAACUCUAUGUUACUUAAGGCAAGUUUUGGGCAUAUUUAAGAGUCGUCGAAGAAAGAUUUAACUGCAAAAAAUAUUGUUAGACAAUGAGUUGCAUGCCCCACUGGCAAGAUAGGUAGUUAACACAAGACAAAAAUUUUGUCUCCAGCAGUGCUUAAGACAGCUGGCACUAAGAGGGAAGAAAACAACUCCAAAGAGUUGAGCCUCAAAUAUUAGAAAGAGCAGUGAUGAACCUCUCUUGCUUCCUGCCAGAUCCUCCACAUGAGACAAGCAAGCACAGAUUAGUGAUCAGUUUCAUGUUGUUGUCUCAGACAUUGAUGAUCUUAGUCCCCAAACAGGUCCUGAUCCAGAGGCCUUCAAAGGGCCUAGCAAAAAUAGAUUCUCGGGGAGUGCAAUUCCAUCUCUGGUGCCAAAGAGAAAACUAAGUUACAAGGAUAUAUGUAUAUAUAAAUAAGUAACACAUAUAAGUGUGUAU